UUCUUAUCUGUCUUAUCUUGACUCAGCGCGGAGUCUGUCAGAUAGCGGAGGUACCGUCGGGGUGACAGCUUCUCCGGUCCUUUCCGUGUCGGACGCCUCUCGGAAUCUCCGAACGCGCAUUCAGACCGCUCCACCGGCCGUGUCGCUGCUGGGCGGAACCGAGUUUGACUGACAUUUUCCGACGCCAGCCGUUUUUAGAGGUGAAUUUGGGAGGACAGACAUGGCCACCACAACCUGCACUCGAUUCACGGACGAGUAUCAGCUGUACGAGGAGCUGGGCAAGGGAGCCUUCUCCGUGGUGCGCAGGUGUGUGAAGCUGUGCACGGGUCAGGAGUAUGCCGCCAAAAUUAUCAACACCAAAAAGUUAUCUGCAAGAGAUCACCAGAAGCUGGAGCGGGAGGCUCGGAUCUGUCGCCUGCUGAAGCAUCCCAACAUCGUUCGCCUGCACGACAGUAUAUCAGAGGAGGGAUUCCACUACCUCCUCUUUGACCUGGUGACUGGAGGUGAGCUGUUUGAGGACAUCGUUGCCAGAGAGUACUACAGCGAGGCCGACGCCAGUCAUUGCAUCCAGCAGAUCCUGGAGGCGGUGCUUCACUGCCAUCAAAUGGGCGUGGUGCACCGGGACCUGAAGCCGGAGAACCUGCUCCUGGCCAGCAAGUGUAAGAAUGCAGCGGUGAAGCUGGCGGACUUCGGCCUGGCCAUCGAGGUGCAGGGCGACCAGCAGGCCUGGUUCGGGUUUGCGGGCACACCGGGGUACCUGUCCCCUGAGGUCCUGAGGAAGGAGGCGUACGGCAAGCCUGUGGACAUCUGGGCCUGCGGCGUGAUCCUCUACAUCCUGCUGGUGGGGUACCCCCCUUUCUGGGACGAGGACCAGCACAAGCUGUACCAGCAAAUCAAAGCGGGAGCUUACGACUUCCCGUCUCCAGAGUGGGACACCGUCACCCCAGAGGCCAAAAACCUCAUCAACCAGAUGCUGACCAUCAACCCCGCAAAGAGGAUCACGGCCCAGGAGGCCCUGAAGCACCCGUGGGUCUGCCAACGCUCCACGGUGGCGUCCAUGAUGCACAGACAGGAGACGGUGGAGUGUCUGAAGAAGUUCAACGCCAGAAGAAAACUCAAGGGGGCGAUCCUCACCACCAUGCUGGUCUCGCGAAACUUCUCUGUGGGCAGCAGGCAGACCACCGCGCCCGCCUCCGUCACCGCGGCGGCGGCGGCAGUGGCUGCGGCCGCCGGUACCACGGCGGGGCUGGUGGAACAAGCCAAGACUCUGCUCAACAAAAAGGCCGACGUUAAGCCCCAGACAAACAGCACCAAAAACAGCAUAGUCACCAGUCCGAAAGGAAACAUCCCUUCACCUGCUCUGGAACCUCAGACCACCGUCAUCCAUAAUCCGGUGGACGGGACAAAGGAGUCGUCGGACAGCAGCAACACCACCGUGGAGGACGAAGACGUGAAAGGGAAAAGCUUAGACAGCAGCUCGCUUAAGGCCCAGUCCAGCACCGGCUCCCAGCCUGAUAGCUCUCACGCUCCUUCAGCUGCCGCUCACUCGGCGGCUAAGUUUGCCGACCUCCUGGGUUCAGUGCGCCGGGGCUCGGGGCCCACGUCUGACGGAGAGCUCCGGUCCAGCACGCCGCCUCCUGCCGCCCUCUCCGCCCCCUCCCCUCCACACACCCCCGCCGUCCCGAUGCAGAUGUCUCGCCUCACCGACCUGGUGAGCAGCGUUCGCAGGGCGCCAGCGGCCCCUGCAGCGCCGGCUCCCGAGGUCGAGUCCGCUCCGGCGCCGAGGCCGGCGCACACCAACCCCCCACCUCCCCCUCAGCCCCCAUCCAGCCCCCUCCUCACCGCCUCCCAGACACGCAAGCAGGAAAUCAUCAAGAUCACCGAGCAGCUGAUCGAGGCCAUCAACAACGGCGACUUUGAGGCUUACGCAAAAAUCUGCGACCCUGGCCUGACCUCCUUCGAGCCCGAGGCCCUGGGGAACCUGGUGGAGGGCAUGGAUUUCCACAGAUUCUACUUUGAGAACUUGUUGGCCAAAAACAGCAAGCCCAUUCACACCACCAUCCUGAACCCGCACGUGCACCUGAUCGGCGAGGACGCCGCCUGCAUAGCCUACAUCCGCCUGACCCAGUUCGUGGACGGUCAAGGCCGACCGCGCUCCAGCCAGUCGGAGGAGACUCGCGUGUGGCAUCGCAGGGACAGCAAGUGGCAGAACAUCCACUUCCACUGCUCGGGGGCACCGGCCGCACCGCUCCAGUGAGUGACGCGCCAUCUCAUCUCCAGCAGAGUUCUGAGGGGGAGGGUAGUGCGGGGGGGCGACUGACCAGAUCCAAAAACAAGAAAAAAGAAAAAAAAGCAAAGCUCUACUCUCACUGGACCUCCGUCCCAGCAUGCAUCACUUCUUCUGCUUCUCUCAACUGACCCUCAUCGCCACGGCGACGCUCCUCCCCGACCUGCUCCCCCUUCCUCCCUCUGUCCACCAACACUGCACUGAUAAUGUAAAGUUCGACCCGCGUCACGACUCACGUCGACAAUUGUAUAUGUCAUUUGUAUAACUGAAAUCUUCGUCACAGGUUCCGUCUUUUUAAGGAAGCAUGUUUUUCCGCGCAAUUACCAAGUGGCUGUUUUCUAUCGUGGCUCCGACGUGCUAAAUGAUAUUAGCGGUUUUUGUAUCGUCCGUUGGCUAUCAUUUCACCGUCGACCCGCUUACCUUCGUCCCUCGGGUGUCUGGGUGCUGGUGUGGCAGCAACAGCAGCGGUGUCGGUUUGAGCCCGUGACUCAGGUGUCAGCUGAACCUCCACGCCGCCGUUCAACUGACACCUGAGCACCUGCACUGUUUCCUUUCGCUGUUACGCUAACCUUACAGCACACGCGUCUCAUGGCAGUUGUUUCUGAGCGCUUGUGAUGCAACUCAUGUUACUGCCAAGCACAUUACGGGGGGAUGCAGGUUACUACAGUAUUUAUUACAUUAAUGAUGGAAAAUGAAAUAUUUUUGUGUGUCAUUGUUGUAAAACUGGAAAUGAAUUGACAUAAUUUAUAGGCUGGAUAUGUAGAGUAAAUGAAGAAAGUCAGUGAAAUACACUGAGUCCUGACAGUCGUUCCUUGUUUGAGACGCUAGAUACGCUUCAAUAAUGACUCCUUGCUGACAGCAGGGGGAGUCAAAGAUUAGGAUCCUUAAAAUGGCUUUAUUCAUCACUAACAUCACUAAGUGAGCUAUAAACAAAGGGACGGAAAGAACAGCAUGGUUGACAGGAGCCUAUUGAAGUGAGUUCAGAUGUAUUCAGGCAUCCGUAUGUUGAUGCUGGUGAGGAUGAUCACCAUCAUCUUCGGCACAUCUUUCGUUAUUCGACUCAAAGCUACAAACGUCUUGCUCGCCAGCCUGGAUUUAACCCAGAAAUAAACACAUUACAUUAUUGUAACAUUACAAAGUGGCUUUUCAAUGCACGGAGGAACUUCAAGGCCCAUCUAUGAGGCCUUUAUGUACGAAUUUACGUAACGGACGAAAGUGCUGGUAACUUUUACGAUGUUACCAUCACUGAUCACAUACUUCAAUGAGCUCUUUAUGUUGCUGUUCACUACUGUUCACACCAGGGGGAGCAGCCCAGAGUCAAAAGGUUAUGACGACAACAAACUCCAAAACCAAUAUGUAGACUGUGGAAGAAGUAUUGAUCGUGUAGCUCUUGAACUAAAGAAGAAUCGGAGGUAGCGUUGUAGGAGAAUUUCCGUCAUUGUUGCAUCAACGCACAUCCAGACCAUGUAAGUUCGAAAUGAGGCCCCUGAGCUGAUGAAGCUUGGAGCCUGGCUCAGCGUAUCUAGAAGUAGUUUCCAAGUGAGGAACGACUGUCGUUCAGAGUGUUAGCGACGGUGCAUGGAGCUCCAUAUUCGUCAGACUUACCUCCAGCUCGAGGUGCUUCUGUUGCUAGGCGACAGCCGCUGGUCUUUCCCUGAAGCUAUUUUUAGCAGAGCAGCGCAGGGUUUGUGGGCAGAUAUGCUUUGAGGGUGAGGGUGUGUGGCUGCGGGGGCCACCGGUGCAAUAUGUGCGAAAGUGGACGCAUCAGUUCGCCACCUGCAGAGCCUUUUCUUAUCAGUUUUCUUUGACUUGUUGUGCAGUUUUUGUUAUUUUUUUAAGUGCUUUGGCUGAGACCCGGCGGUCAUUUCACAUGACUCGUCCUCAGGUUUUUAUUUAUUUUCCUUAUUUAUUUAUUUAUUUUAGCGCUGGAUUUUUGUGCUGUACAGCUCAUGUACUUGUGCAAGGACUUUUUUUUUUGUUUGCAUGUGUUUGUAAAGACCAACCUGGUUUCGCUUCGUGCCAUUUGUCAUUUAUUUAGCUUCUUUUUGGGGGACAGGGGGCGGUGUGCUGCCGUGUUGAUAUGAUUGUACGUUUUCAUGUGAAUAAAGGCAGUGUAAAACGCUAGCUACUUUCACGCGCGCUUAAGUAGCCUGACAGUUUUCUUUUUUUGUUUUGUUUUUUUUUUAUAAUUAAAAUCUUGUCUUAAACCUGUCCUGGUGUGUCAGAAAAUAUUGGCAAACAAUUCCCUUCAGUUGUCGGUUAGCUUAGCGUUUGCUGCUGCGCUGUGCUGAAAAAUUACAGUGUACGUAUUUACGAAAAAUCAAUGUAUCAUUCUGACACUAUCGUACCACAGUUCCCUUUUUUCGGAUUUUUCUCCGCGCGCGUAAGAGCAGCUUGUCCGGUCGGCAUGCUUUACUUGACCCCGCCCCAUUUCAGGCGCUCAAGUGCGACACCGCUCAGUAAAGAGAUGGCAGCAUGUGGCGUAUGAUUGUGUUGUUCCUCUGUGUGUUUUCUAACCUCCGAAAGUCACACGCGUUCACACUAUUACACAAAUAUGACUUAACUAGCGACUAACUAGCAGCGUAGCCGGUGUUUUCUUUGCAUGAGGGUUUUUUUUUUCCUCUGUGUUUUCCUAAACUUUUUAUUUCAUUUUCUACUGGAUGCUGUCGAACUUUGUGGAACUAUUUCUCGCCGCCUUUUAAGUGCGUAUAGCUAUUUUUAUGUCCAGAUGAUUUAACAAAGAGGAUUUUAGGAGGGAUGUGUUAACAAGGGAGUCGACGCCAUAGAACAUAGAUGAUGAGGAUUAUAAUGAUGAUGAUGUUGAUGAUGAUGAUGAUUUUGCAUGCUUUGCUUUCGGAGCUUUGUGUUGUCAGUGCAAGAAUUGCUGUUUCCGAGAAAUCUCAACACUUUGUGCACCACCACGGGGCGCACCGGUCGGAUGUAAGUGAAUGACACGAAAUUCCUUGCUUGUUGUCCGUUGAUCGUUGAGAACCCCGACAUCAACCUAAAAGACUGUCGGACUGAUGUCCUACAACCAAACUUUCAGAUAAUAGCGUUUAAAAUCGAACCACGUUGACAAAAAUCUGAGCUCCAUUAUGCUCUGGAAAGAUAGAAAAUAAAAAGUAAUAAAACAUCAGUAAAUUAUUUUUGCUUUUAUGUUGGCUUUGGAAAUAUGCUAGUAGUUAGCACAGGCUAGCCAACUCAGUUUGAGCUAACUUACUGCUUAAAUUUAAAGCUGUGUGUAAUAUUCAGCAUUAAUAUAUAGCUAGGUCUAUAGUGCUUUUACUCUAGUAUCAGCAACAAUGCGUACUAGCAAAAAAUGAAAUGAGAGUACAUUUCGCUGAGACAAAUCAACGCUGCUACUGCGAACUGUGGUUAUAGAUCUUUAAAGCUGUUCCAUAAAAUGAGUCUAUCAGAGCCCAGGACUAAGAAAUAAAUGCAUGCUAGCAUGCUAACAGUAUGCUAAAACAGAAGCUAGCUUGUGGCUAUAACACAGCGGCUAGGAGGUUAGCCCUCACUGCCGAGUUUUACAGCCGCUUUUAGCCAAACAAGUUCACAAAAUUGGUGUAUAAACGACCCAAGCAAACGCUACAUGUGGGUUUCUCCUGACAGUUUUAAUCAUUUGGAAAUAGCGCCAUCAAACGUAGCACCGUCCUGCACUGACAGCACCAGUGGCUCCUUUCCUCCGUCCGUUAGCUUUGGUUUCUGCUCUUUCCCGUCCUGUUUUUUUGUUUUUGUCCGUUUGGGUUUCUUCUGUAAUAUAAUACAGUCUUUAAGCUCUGGUUGAUUCUUGCUCUGUUCUCUUACACGUGUUGAACUUCAAGACAAUGUGUUAAGGUGUUAUCAAUAAAAAUGGCAGUUUAAAUAGAAACAUUCUUUUGUUGUUUCAAUCGGGUGAAGAGGUGUCAUUCAACAUGUGAGACAAAUAUUUCCCUCCUUGUGUGCAGAUUUACACAACCCUAUGACUACAUUAUGAAGCCUUUAUU